AUGGCAAUAGACAUGACAGGAAUCUUCAUAUCCUUCAAGAAAUCCAACAAAGCCUCCAAAGCACCCAAAGUCGAUGCUUGGACACAUACACCUCUACCAGACUUGUCUACAGAGUCCAACAAUCCAGUCAAAUCGUCCAUGACAUCGUCCAUGAGCUCCUCUUCAUCGUCAUCAGGACCAACCAACAAAAGUCGCGAACCGGCAACAGCGUGCUCCAAAUCAUUAGCAGCAAUCUUAACACCAAGAGCGGCCUUGACUUCCUUGUGA